GGGUAGCCCUGAAGAGCAGCAAAUCAGAACCGUUCAUGUGCCAUCAUGCAGCCAAGCGUUGAGAAAGAAGUGAGCACGUCGCACCAUGAGAUGGGGCAUCCAUCAAAGUCAGGGCAGAUCUGAAGUCCGCCUACCCACUUGCCAGACUGGAUCUUACCCUCACCGUAAGGGUUGGAUGACUGCGCAAAAAUCAGGAGGGAAGGGAAACACAUACACGGGAGUUGAUGCAGUUCAACAAGGCUGAAAAGUUUGAGGCAGGAAAUUCGUCAUGAUCGGAUAAGAACUACGCAAACAUCACGAUUGAGCUUGUCAUAACAAGGGGAGAAAAUCGAGAAAUAACCAGGGAUAUAAAAAACAAUGCAGCGAGAAACGCAAAUUGAAGAUUCACGCGAGAAAUUCUGUAUCAGGAGAGAGCACAGGUGAGGUAAGUAUGAGACAUUAAAAUCAUGUGCAGUGGGAGUAAGACACAGAGAUAAGGAUAAGCAAGGAGAAUAGACGAGCCAAAACAAUCGGAAGCAAGGAGGAGUGGGAGUUCUGAGAACAACGAGAAGGGCGCGGGGGACGACAUGGUGCAAGGGUUUCAUGAAACCGAUGUAGGUCAUAACGCGAUGAAGGGUAAGUGAUAACAGGAAGAGGAAGGGUGUAUAACAACAAGCAUGCAGGAGAGGGGAGCAGCAGGUAGCAGGUGUGAGGUCGUGUAGAAGAAUCGAGCAUGGACUACCAGCUUGGAGAACAUCAUGGCGACUCU